AUGUCCGACUCGGAGGUUAUAAUCCUGGGUGAAUCAGAGGGCAAGGCCAGCCUGUGUGGAUGGGUGAUCCCUGACUGGAAGGACCAGGAGUGGGAUGACGAAAAACCCGAGGCCUAUGCCGGGAUCUUCCACUUCCGGUUCUGGCGGUUUGGUGAGUGGGUGGACGUGGUGAUCGAUGACCGGCUGCCCACAGCAAACGGAGAACUGGUGUACUGCCAUUCCAACGACAAAAACGAGUUCUGGAGCGCAUUGGUGGAGAAGGCCUACGCCAAGAUGUGUGGAUGCUAUGAGGCGCUUGAUGGGGGCAACACGGCCGACGCUCUCGUGGAUUUCACCGGUGGCGUGUCAGAGCCGAUGGACUUGAUGGAAAACGGCGUCAAAAAUGAUGAAGAGAAACGCAAUGAGCUGUUUGAGAGAGUUCUAAAAGUCCAUGACAGAGGAGGCCUCAUCAGCUGCUCGAUCCGGGCAACCAGUGCAGCAGAAUUGGAGGCCAAGCUGGCCUGCGGCCUGGUGAAGGGUCAUGCCUACGCGGUGACGGAUGUCCGCAGGGUGAGGCUGGGUCACGGCCUGCUGGCCUACUUCAGGUCAGACAAACUCACCAUGAUCCGCAUGAGGAACCCCUGGGGAGAGAGAGAGUGGAACGGGGCCUGGAGCGACAGCUCUGAAGAGUGGAAGAAGGUCAGUAAGAGUGAGAGGGAGAGGAUUGGCGUCACUGUGCAGGAUGAUGGAGAGUUCUGGUGA